AACAGGAACCAAUCUGUUGGAACAUGCACUGAGGCAUCUUGUCUCCCCUAGUAGCGAUGGCUUCUUUUCUGUGGACUGUAUGUUUGAAUUUCCUGCUUUUAGCUACCGUAACCAAGGGUGCUUCACCAAACAAGGUUGUGGAUGUGCCGUUCGGCCGCAACUAUAUGCCUACUUGGGCUUUCGAUCACAUCAAAUACAUCAAUGGAGGUUCUGAGAUUCAGCUCAAACUGGACAAAUUCACAGGGACUGGAUUUCAAUCUAAAGGCUCUUACCUGUUUGGUCACUUUAGCAUGCACAUAAAGAUGGUUGCAGGGGAUUCUGCCGGAACUGUGACUGCAUUCUAUUUAUCUUCUCAAACCAAUGAGCAUGAUGAGAUAGACUUUGAGUUCUUGGGAAACAGAACAGGACAGCCCUACAUCUUACAAACAAAUGUGUACACUGGAGGGAGAGGAGACAAAGAGCAGAGAAUUUAUCUUUGGUUUGAUCCUACCAAGGGAUACCACUCCUACUCUGUACUUUGGAACACGUACCAGAUCGUAUUCUUUGUAGAUGACGUGCCAAUCAGAGUGUUCAAGAACAGCAAAGAUUUAGGAUUGAAGUUCCCAUUCAACCAACCUAUGAAGAUAUACUCAAGCCUUUGGAAUGCAGAUGACUGGGCGACGAGGGGUGGCUUAGAGAAGACUGACUGGGCCAAGGCUCCCUUCAUAGCCUCCUACAAGGGCUUCCACAUCGACGGUUGUGAGGCGUCUGUAAAUGCCAAGUUCUGUGAGACACAAGGUAAGCGUUGGUGGGAUCGGAAGGAGUUCCGAGAUCUUGAUGCCGCUCAAUACAGGAAACUCGGGUGGGUUCGCAAAAAAUACACCAUCUACAACUAUUGCACGGAUCGUGUUCGCUUUCCAAAUCUCCCUCCAGAAUGCAAGCGUGACCGUGACAUUUAAACUUCUUUAGCUAAAAGCUUUUUACUUGUCGUCAGUACCACUGCAGCCAUAUAUUUGGACAGUAAAGAAGGGAUGAUGCCGUUAGUUAGUUUCCUUUAUUCAAAUUAUUAGAACUGGUUCUGCUGUUUUUAUUAAUCCAUUUGCUGGUAUCAUCAUGUUUCGGCUUGACGGGUCACUUCGGUUUAAUAAGCAUAGGGAAUAAUGGGUAAUAAUUUCUUCUUCUCUGGUGGGUGAGGCAGUGAAUCUUGUGAAAUAUGAUGGCUUCACCUACGUUAGAUGCUCAAGCUUUACUUUCUGGUGAUUCAAUUAUCAGUUUCCUACA